CAAGUUACACAGUAUUCUCAAAGUGUUUGGAAAACAGGAAACAUGAACGAAUAUGAAUAUGGGAAACUUAUCACUGAAGGAAAAACAAAAAAGGUUUAUGAAGUUUUAAAUGAUCCUACCUUAUGUCUCUUACAAAGUAAGGAUUGCAUUACUGCUGGAGAUGGAGAAAAAUCUCAUGAUUUAAAAGGAAAAGCUGCAAUUAGUACAGCUACUACAGCUAAAGUCUUUCAAUUGUUAAAUGAAGCUGGAAUAAAAACUGCUUUUGUUAAAGUUAUAAAUGAUACUGCUUUUGUUGCACAAAAAUGUCAAAUGGUUCCAAUAGAGUGGGUUACUAGAAGAUUGGCUACUGGCAGUUUUCUAAAGAAACAUCAAGGAGUUCCUGAAGGAUAUAGAUUUAAUCCACCAUUGGGAGAAACAUACCUUAAAGAUGAUGCUAAUCAUGAUCCUCAAUGGUCAAAGGAACAAAUUAUUUCUGCUGGUUUUAUACUGAAUGAUCUUUUAAUAGGGAAGGUUGAAUUUGACAUUAUGCAACAUACUGCACUUGCUGUAUUUGAGAUUUUAGAAAAAGCAUGGGCAACUAAAGAUUGUACUCUUAUUGAUAUGAAAAUAGAAUUUGGUAUAAAUGUAAGCCAUGAAAUUGUGGUAGCAGAUAUAAUUGAUAGCGACUCUUGGAGACUUUGGCCAUCUGGUGAUAAAAGAUUGAUGAAAGAUAAACAGGUAUAUAGAAAUUUGACUACAGUAACUCAAGAUGAUUUGGAUAUCAUAAAACGUAAUUUUGAAUGGGUGGCAGAUCAACUUGACUAUCUUCUUCUACCAACUAGUGGUCUUGUUGUAAUUUUGAUGGGAUCACAGUCUGAUGAAAAACAUUGCAAAGAAAUAGCAACAUAUGCAAAGUCUUUAGGUUUAAAGGCCCAACUUCGAGUAUGCAGUGCACAUAAAAGUACUCAAGAGAUAUUGCAUAUUCUUGCAGAAUACGAAGGUAUUUCUAAAAAGGUGGUGCUAAUAGCUGUAGCAGGGAGAAGUAAUGGAUUGGGUCCAGUACUUUCUGGAAAUACAUCUCUGCCUGUUAUUAAUUGCCCACCUUUUAAACCAGAGACCAUUUCACAAGAUUUGUGGUCGUCGAUUAACGUUCCAUCAGGAAUUGGAUGCACCACAGUUGCCUAUCCUGAAAGUGCAGCAUUAGCAGCUGCUCAAAUACAUGCAUUACACAAUCAUAUGGUCUGGGCACGUCUAAGAGUAAAACAGUUGAUGAAUUACAUUGCUUUAAAGCAAGUUGAUGCUAAAUUAAAAGAUCUUAUUUUAUAAAUAUUUUAAGUCAUUUAAUAUCAAUA